AUGGACUCAACUUCAGACUGGAAGCAGGAGCUUAAGGCCUCAGAACGAUAUGAUAAUAUCUCAAAGCUAAAGAAGUAUCUUUCAGUUGGUGAUCUUGGUGGUAUUGCACAGAAGACUGCAUUUGAGUUAGAAUCAGAAGCCUAUAAUUCUUCGUCAUCUAGAGAUACUUAUGAUGCUUUAUGCAAUCCCAAUACUCUUACUGACUCGAAUGGUGGAGCCUCUUUAUCGACAGCCCUUUCUGCACCCAAAGGUCCCGGUAUAACCAUAGGCUCCUAUAGAAAUUGUCAUCAUAUCUCUAGUGGUGCCGUUUCUCAAGUCUAUAGGUGUGAUACGGAGGAGGGUUCCUAUGCACUGAAAGUGGUUACAGAAACUCAUAACAUGGAACCACAUUCCCCCACUCGUGAAAUUGCUAUUCUCAAAAGGCUCUCACACCCUUCUAUAAUUUCACUUUACACGACGAUUUAUGAUCAAGAAUCGAGAUUGGUUCUGCUAUUACCAUAUAUGCCGUGCACUUUAUCAGACCUACUGUUGAAAAGUAGCAAUGGCCUCAACAAACGCACAACUAAAAUAAUCUUCAAAGAAGUAUUAUCCGGACUUGCAUAUCUUCAUUCAGAGCAAAUAAUCCACCGUGAUAUAUCACCGUCCAACAUCCUUUUACCUCAUCAUAUUGAUGGCCAAGUCCCCAUCGUAAUUACUGAUUUUGGCACCGCCUGGCACCCACAAAUCUCCUCAUCUACUGAGCCCGCUAACCAAAAAUGUCUUGAGGUUGGUACUACAUGCUAUCGGGGCCCCGAGACCCUCUUCUCUAAUACAUCUUACAAUACAUCUCUUGAUCUCUGGGCCACAGGUGUUCUUCUCGCCGAAUGCCUCCGCUCACCCCCCACCCCACUACUUGAAAGUCGACGCGGUGAUGAAGAUGGAAAUCAAUUAGGACUGAUUCUAAGUAUGUUCAAGACUCUCGGGACACCAACUGAGCAGACAUGGCCAGAGGCAUUGGAGUGGAAAGCCAAUCCGUUUCAGUGGUGGAAUAUUUUCCAGCGCAAAUCAUGGGAGGAGCUGUUACCAGAUGCCGAGGACGACGAAAGGGACUUAGUCGCAAAUUUGGUUGUUUACGAAAGUGGCAACAGGUUGACUGCGGAUCAGGCAUUAAAACAUGCAUUCUUUGUCGAAGAAUUGGAAUCGAGGAAUUAG